AUGUCAAAUUUUGGUUAUCCGGGGCCAGGAGGUGGCUACCCUCCCCAACAGCCCGGUGGUUAUCCACAGCAGCCCGGUGGUUAUCCACAACAACCUGGUGGGUAUCCCCAGCAACCUGGUGGCUAUCCCCAACAGCCUGGAAGUUAUCCGAAUCAGCCUGCAGGAGGUCAAGCUGGUGGUUACCAGGCUGGAGGUUUUGGCUUCAACCCCCCACAAAACCCUUCUAAGCCUGUCAAUCCAGCAGUGCCUCCUCAAGGGCAGAAUUGGGGUGGUGGCGUUGGUGGUAAUGCACCCUCUGGAGUUGAUCCAAAUGUGUUUCAAUGGUUUCAGGCAGUUGAUCGAGAUAGGACUGGAAAAAUCAAUGCUAAUGAAUUACAAAUGGCUCUUACAAAUGCAAACUGGUCCAAAUUUAAUCUGGACACAUGCAGAUUGAUGAUAACAAUGUUUGAUAGGGACAAAAGUGGUCAGAUUGAUAUCAAUGAAUUUCAAGGUUUGUGGACUUACAUACAUCAAUGGAAAACUAUAUUUGAUCAGUUCGACAGAGAUAGAUCAGGGACAAUUGAUGGAAAUGAAUUGCACAGUGCUUAUCUCCAAAUGGGUUACAGGUUGUCACCUCAGUUCUCUCAGUCAGUUGUGUACAGAUUCGACAUGAGUGGUCAACAGCGUAUAUCACUCGAUUACUUCAUUCAUUCAUGCAUUCUCAUAAAAAAUAUAACGGAGCAGUUUCGUGCAAGAGACACUGCAAAUAGUGGCUUCGUUCAGAUCGGUUAUGAAGAUUUUGUAUCAGCUGUUGUGCUCAAUAAAAUUUGA